GACAUUUUUGUUUAUUUAUUUUAUGGCUUUUAUUUAGUAAUAUUGAUGCAAAAAAUUUGUCAGUUUCAAAAAAAAAACAAAAAAAAAACCGUGACCAUCCAAACACUGCCCAUAUAUUUGGUCUUGGGCAGUUGAGCGGGCUUUCUAAGCAAGCCCAACCCACCCAUUUUAAGUUCGUCGUUCUGUCCAAGAACAGGUGAGAGAGGACAGCAGCAGAAGGUCGGAGAAGCCACUGAAGCAGUUCGAUAGCACAAAAUAGCGCUCCAAAUUACGAACCAGGUGAGUCUGUUUCUUUUGCAGUUUCACAGUUUGCUUUCUUCCUCAGUUCGAUGCUUAGUUUACUUCGCACGAAAGUCUUACAUUUAAAGCCCCGAGCUUUGGAUCCCUUUAGCCAUGGCUACUGGUUUUCAAUGUCCCAUCUUGGGUCUGCGUCGGAAAUCUCUAGUUCCAUAAACCCACAUUCGUUUACAGUUUCUUACCUCCAAAAAUCAUGUGGGUUGCCCUUACAAUCAGCCAUUUCGGCUUCCAAGAAGCUCAAAAUUGAAAGUUCAGACAACCCUGACUCUGUUCUAAACCUAAUGAGAACACAUGGAUUAAGUCAGACCCACAUCAGAAAUAUAAUCAUGAGUCGUCCGGUAUUGCUUUUAGCUGAUGUAGAAACUAAAUUAAGGCUCAACGUUGAGUUGUUUGAAUCAUUGGGUUUUACUAGCUCUAACCUUGCCAAUUUGCUUAGCAAAGACCCACGUGUGCUUGAAAUUGAUGCAUACACUGUGGUUGAAUUCUUUAGAGCUCAUGGUUUCAGUAGAGAGCAAAUAAAAGCCUUAACCAUGAAGCGUCCACUUUUGUAUUUGUUCAAUGCCAACAAAAAUUUUGAGCCUAAACUGGAAUUCUUCAAGUCUUUCGGCUUUACUGAUCUUGAUAUUGCAAAACUUUUGUCCACAGAGCCAUAUAUUCUAGAAAGAAGCUUGGAAAACCAAAUCAUUCCUUGUGUCCAAGUGCUUAUGAGGAUUCUUGGCACUAAAGAGGAUGUCAUAAAGGUUAUAAAAGCAUGUUACAGAAUACUUGAGUUGAAUUUGGAAACUAUGCUUGAGCCAAACAUAUUGGUGUUGAUGAAACAUGGUGUCCCCGAGUCAAUAGUUUUGAGAAUUCUCAUGAUUCAUCCUAGAACACUGCUUUUGAGGACUCAUCGGUUCAGCGAGAUUGUUGAUGAAGUUGUGAAAUUGGGUUUUAAUCCCAAUAAUCUUCUAUUUGUUCUAGCUGUUCGUGCCCUCGGACUGGCGAGUAAGAAACUUUGGGAGGAAAAGGUGGAAGCAUAUAGGAAUUUUGGUUUGUCAAAAGAUGAGAUUUAUUUAGCAUUCAAGUUGCAACCUAUGUGUAUGUCAGCUUCAGUUAAGAAAAUCAAGAAACUGUUGGAUUUCUACGUGAACAAAUUGAAUGUAAAACCUUCAGUGAUUUCUAGAAAUCCAAAUGUUCUGCUGUUUAGCUUGGAGAAGAGGAUUAUUCCACGGUGUUCAGUUCUACAACUUCUGGUGUCAGCAGGGCUUGUAGAAAAAGAAUUGAGCAUUCUUCCUGUGCUAAAACUGAGUGGUAAGAGUUUCGAAGAAAGGUGGGUGAGAAAGUAUCAGUAAGUGCUUCCGGAUGUCGUUAAGGCACACCAAGGCAAAAUAGAAUUUCAGGAGUUUCUAAUUCUUAUGCAUUGCAAGUGACAAGGAUGUCAUUGAAUCGUAAAGGCAGUGUCAAAGGAUUUCUUGUUCAGAUUAGGUUCAUUAUAUUCGCUGGUUAAUCAUCUCUGUCUCCUGUAAAUGUGGAAGGUUUCCAGGAUAUUUUAAGAGUUUCCCUGAAGUUCAGCUUAUUUACAUAGCUUAUCAUGUAUGAUAAGCAGAAACUGUUUGUUGAGUUCUUGCUGGACUUGGAUUUGCUGAUCUGAUUAGGAAAAUGCCACUUUCAUGUGUUGUCUCAUGAGGAACAGAAUCAAAAAUUUGUUCCACGGACCUGGUUCUCAUGCCUUCCAUCUACCAGUUAUAUACUUUCAUUUUACAUCUUCUCUUUGUUCUUUAGAUAUGAAAUUUUGAAAGAUUUCGAAUGAAGUCUUUCACUACAACGGCUAUACCAUGUCAACUAUAUAACAAACUGAAAAUUAUAGACCCCCCAUAGUAUAAGUUUUAUAUGUCCUACAAUUUGUAUUUUGUUCUACCGAUGGAUGUGGUACAAUAAUUGUAGCCAACAAGACCUCUAAAUUUCAUUUGCUAAACAAAAGAUGCAUCUGGCUCAA